UUUUUACACUUUUUAAUUUAGUUUUUUUUCCCUUUAAUUAUAGAUAGUUUAAGUAAAGUUGAAAAUAAAAUCUCAAGUAUUAUCCCCUCAUAAUUUAUGACUCAAGUUCCUAUCUUGAUUUACAUUGGGCAGGAAUGAAUCAGUGUGACAGGGAAUAGCCAUAGCCAUAGCCAUAGCCAUAGCCAUAGCCAUGGCUAUGUUAACGAAUCUGAACCCAGCAACUUCAUCGUUUUCAAAAGUCAUUGAAAUCAAGAAAUGCAUCCUUGAAGGAAUUACCUCCACCAAACACCUCAAGCAUGUUCACGCUGCGCUUUUCCGCUUUGGCCUUCACCAACACAACUAUCUUCUCAACCUCACCUUGAAAGCGUCCUUUUAUUUUGGUCAAACCAACUACUCUUGCCUUAUCUUCAAUCAAACCAAACAACCCAACGUUUUUCUCUGGAACACAAUGAUUCAGGGUCUUGUUUCCAAUGAUUCAUUUGUCGGUGCUACCCAGUGUUAUGCUUCAAUGUGUGGUCAAGGCUUCUUGCCCAACAAUUUCACUUUUCCUUUUGUUCUCAAGGCUUGCGCCAGGCUUUUAGAUUUCCAGUUGGGUAUUAGAAUCCAUGCCCAGGUUGUCAAACUGGGUUUUGAUCGCGAUGUCUUUGUUAAGACCAGUUUGCUCUGUUUGUACGCGAAAUGCGGAUAUUUGGAUAAUGCACUUAAUGUGUUUGAUGAUAUUUCAGAGAAAAAUGUUAUUUCUUGGACAGCCAUGAUUAGUGGAUACAUUGAUGUUGGGCGGUAUAGGGAAGCUGUUGAUAUGUUUAGCAAGUUGAUAGAUAUGGGUUUGAGGCCUGAUAGUUUCAGCAUUGUUAGGGUUCUUUCAGCUUGUGCUCACUUAGGGGAUUUGAAUAGCGGAGAGUGGAUUGAGAGAUGCAUAACACAGUUUGGAUUGAGCAGAAAUGUGUUUGUUGCAACAUCUUUAGUUGAUAUGUAUGCUAAGUGUGGAAACAUGGAGAAAGCGCGUUGUGCAUUUGAUGGGAUGCCUGAGAAGGAUAUAGUAACUUGGAGCACUAUGGUUCAAGGCUAUGCAUCUAAUGGACUCCCAAAAGAAGCACUAGACCUCUUCUUCCAAAUGCAGAAAGAGAAGUUGGCACCCGAUUGUUAUUCUAUGGUGGGAGUUCUUUCUGCUUGUGCCAGAUUAGGAGCUCUAGAAUUAGGGGAUUGGGCUAGCAAGUUAAUGGACAGAGAUGAGUUUUUGUCUAACCCUGUAUUAGGUACAGCAUUGAUUGACAUGUUUGCAAAAUGUGGGAGCAUAGUUCAAGCUUGGGAAAUCUUUAACAGUAUGAAGGAGAAAGAUCUAGUAGUUUGGAAUGCUGCAAUAUCUGGGCUUGCGAUGAAUGGACAUGUUAAACCUGCAUUUGGUCUUUUCGGCCAAAUGGAAAAAUCAGGUAUUCUACCUAAUGAGAACACUUUCAUGGGCUUGCUUUGUGGCUGUACUCAUGUUGGUCUGGUUGAUGAUGGUCGCCAGUAUUUCCAUGGCAUGAAUCGUGUCUUUUCUUUGACUCCUACUAUCGAGCACUAUGGAUGCAUGGUGGAUCUUCUAGCCCGUGCAGGUUUAUUAGAUGAAGCUCAUCAGUUGAUCAUCAAUAUGCCGAUGGAGGCCAAUUCUAUUGUUUGGGGAGGCUUGUUGGGUGGAUGUAAAUUGCACAAGGAUACUCAGUUAGCAGAAUAUGUACUAAAGAAACUCAUUGAAUUGGAACCAUGGAAUUCAGGAAAUUAUGUUCUCUUAUCCAACAUAUAUUCAGCAAGUCAUAAAUGGGAUGAUGCUGCAAAAAUUAGGUCAAUCAUGAAUCAGAGAGGAGUACAAAAGGUACCUGGAUACAGUUGGAUUGAAGUAAAUGGGGUUGUUCAUGAAUUCCUUGUGGGUGACAAGUCUCACCCCAUGUCAGAAAUGAUUUAUAAAAAACUUGGUGAAUUGGCCAAGGAACUUAAAGCAGCUGGUUAUAUUCCAACGACAGAUUAUGUGUUGUUUGACAUAGAAGAGGAAGAAAAAGAGCAUUUUCUUGGUUGUCACAGUGAGAAGCUGGCUAUUGCAUUUGGUUUAAUUAGUACCGCUCCAUUAGAUGUUAUUCGAGUUGUUAAAAACCUUCGUGUAUGUGGUGAUUGUCAUGAGGCCAUAAAACUUAUUUCAAGGGUUACAGGAAGAGUGAUAAUUGUUAGGGAUAAUAACAGAUUUCAUCAUUUUAUUAGUGGUUCAUGCUCUUGUGGAGAUUAUUGGUGAAAUUGAAUAUAUAGUAUAUUAAUAUGUAACAAGUAAGUUACAAAAAAACUUUGACUUUAUUAGUUUUGUUACGCUCUUUAUCUUAUAGUACAUCAAAAUUGUAUAUCAUUUACAUGGUACAUUAGCGAGAUAGAAACUCCAAUGAGCAUUGAAUUUACCUUUCUAUUAAAAGUUAACUAUUUUGUUGUUGUCUUAACUUUUCCAAUUGCGUGGCAGGCAUAGAGCUAAUUUUGUUUAUACUAGUUUUGAAGCUUGAAACUUGUUAGUGUAUGCAUGUGUGUGAGUUGGAAUAUUAUGAGAAUAUUUCAUGGGAAACAACUUAAUGUGUAAUUUGUAAUAGAUUCUCUUUCCUUAAUAUUAUCUAUAUAAUGAAAGGCUAAUCCAAGAGAUUAGUAAGUGGUUCUCUAAAGCUUUAAUUCUAAUGUGGUGUCAAAGCUAAUAGUAUAACCGUAGUUGCUGUCGUUUCCCUUUUUCUCUUUUUCCUCAAACCCCUUUGUAAUGGCCUCUACGUCACCUAGACAUCAUUAUUAUAGAUUUUGAUCUUACAGUCUUAAAACUGCGUACUUAAAACUUUUCUUCCUCUUUAACAGUCUCUCAUUAGUUGAAAAGGGGUUGUCUUUUUAUUCUCAAAAGCGGCAAGAAGAAAGGGUUGCAACCUAUUCGUGAAUGAUAAAUAAAGAGAUACAAGUUCUUCUCGGUGUAUAACAUGGAUGCAGAAAUAGGAACAGAUUUCCUGGUUGUUGAUUAAGGGUUGUGUUACUCGAUUGAAGGAUUAUCAGUUGUGUUUUGAAGGAAGAAGGUUUUGUGGCCAUGGCAAAAGAAGAGGCAACUGCAUCGAAGGUGAUAACUCAAGAGUUUAUUACGAGCUUACAAUUGUCGGAUGAGAAAUUUGAUGGCUCCAAGUACUUGUCAUGGAGCAAGACUAUGUUGGUGACCUUGCAAGACCUUAGAAAGGCUCGAUUUUUUACAAAUGAGCUGCUAGCAAAAAGAAGCUCGAAUUAUACAACUUAGGAGUAGAAGGACAAUCGAGUAUUUGGACAAUUAUUCAACUUGAUUGAAUGAUAAGUCAAGGUGAUGUUC